AUGGCUCCUCCACUUGUGCCUCUCGCUGAGAUUCCGACCGUUUCCCUCCUAUACAAACUCAAGCGCUUGGUUCCAGUCUCCUCUCCGCUCGCACAGCCUUCCAAGGCUUUGAACGACACUAUCUCUCUGAUCCGCAACGACAUCACCAAAUUGGAAGGGGUCGACUGUAUCGUGAAUGCAGCCAACAAGUCUCUACUUGGAGGAGGCGGAGUAGAUGGUGUUAUUCACCGCGCCGCCGGACCUAGUCUGCUGGAGGAAUGCCGCACCCUCGAUGGCUGUGACACCGGUGAUGCCAAGAUAACCUCUUCCUAUGACCUUCCGUGUAAACGAAUCAUUCAUACUGUUGGGCCUAUCUAUGACCUUGAACUACAAAGAGGGAGGGAGCGUCCGGAGUCUUUGCUGCGCAGCUGCUAUCGUCGCAGUCUGGAGGUUGCCGUGGAGAACAACAUGAAAAGCAUUGCCUUUUCAGCAAUCAGCACAGGUGUGUACGGCUAUCCAAGUGAAGUAGCUGCCCGUGUCGUCCUCGAUGAGACACGGAAGUUCAUGGAGAUUCCGAGCAACAUCGGAAAACUGGAACGGAUCAUCUUCUGCAACUUUGAGCGCAAGGAUGAGAUAGCCUACGAGAAGUUUACUCCCUUGUUCUUCCCUCCAGAAGAUCAGGGUGCCCCUAGCGCCAGCAGCGACCGCGAAUCCCAACUCGAAUCUGACGGUGAGUCUUCGAAAUCGGCGGAGAUGCUCGCAGCAAAGCUUCCCGACCCACCGACCGUUGAUCCUGCCUUGAACGGAGAACCGGAGACUAAGAAGCAAAAGGUUAACGCGGACCAGACCGAACGUAGCGGUAGAAGCUACAUGGAGGAUUUCUCUAUCAGAUCUGACGAUGACUGGGAGGAGGUUGACAAAUCGGAAGAUGGCCGCACGGAGAAACUGGACGACGAACCGGUUGAGGUUGAUAGGCCUCCCUCUGCGACUGAUGUGCAGAGCGUUCAGUCCAGUGGGAUCAUUGAGAUGGACGGUUCCAACGCUUCAGACAGUGUGCUGGCAAAGGAUUGGUAG